GAAGAAAAAUCGCACAACCGGUAGUUUCACUUUUCUUCCAUUGCUCGUAAAGAGUGACGAUCUUUGAAAGAAAGCAAGAAACGGUCGUGAAAGCGUUUUAAGAUGGCAGAAUCAGGCAGGACUGUGAAGGUGUGUGGACUGCCCACAGACAUCGAGGAUAACACACUGAAAGACAAGCUAUUGAUUCACUUCCUUAGAAAAAGCAAUGGAGGAGGGGAAGUAGACUCUGUCACCUUCCUCAAGGCAACGCCUCUGGCUGCUCUCAUCACCUUCGAGGACAGCAGAGUGGCACAGGGAGUUAUUCACCACAGGCUACACGUUCUGGAUGUGGAUGGGAAGAAGUAUAAGCUCACGGUAACUGAGCAUUCUGAAGAUUUCGACCCAGAUCAGGUCGUCUUAAGCUUAUCAGCAACAAUUGACUACAGCAAGCUUCCAGGGGGAAUCAUGGCAUUGACAAGCCUUCUUCAGAGCCACAAUGAUGUCCAGAUCAACUAUACUGCUACUGAGAAAUGCUCUACAAUUUUUGGCUCUUACUCUGCAGUGCAGGCAGCUUUGGCACAACUACUGGGCCAUCCUGGAGGCUCAAAGUCAGCAGAAAACUCAAAAGACUUGAGUCAGCCUACUUCCAGUGGUUCCCGGUCUGUUCAAAAAGCACAGAAGCAUUAUACACAGGAGUCAGAAGAUCAGAGCAGAAAAGCCAACAAGCAGAGAGACAACAAAGAAAAAAAUCACACUGACAGGCCAACUGACAACUACAGUUUAAGUUCAAAAAGAGACCUGACACCUGGUGGUUACACCUGGGAGGACACUGGUCAGGCAGAUGGAGCUGCUUUGCAGCAUUCUACAACCUCGGUGGAUGAUUUCUCACUAAUUAUGGAUGCAGACAUGUUUCAGUACCUGCAGAAACACUGCUGGAAGGAAUACCAGCAUAUCCUGAAGCAGUAUGGGGUUGAAGCAGUGGAUGUGACAAGUCAGGGUUUUACCACUCUGUUUCUGCAUGUUGCAGCAGCAGUUGGGGAGGAUGUUCGAGAGCAGGAGUGCUUGAAGAUGGCCAGAAAGGCUAUAAGUCAGCUUCAUGAGGACAUUGAGGCCAAAAUCCGUCGAUCCCAGCUUCCUAAAGCUAUCCUGCACCCCAGUGGAGGCCUGCAGAGGGCAAUUGAGAACUUAAGUGUCAGACUUCCCAAACUUAUUCUGAAUGAAGAUGAAAAAAAUAUUUAUAUUAUUGGAAGCAGCAAUGAUGUGUCAGAGGCCAAGCAGUUUCUUCUCCUGGACAAUGUUAACCAGCGAGAUAAAAAGGAAGAUGUAGCUAGUCUCCUGAGAUUUCCCUCAUAUGGUUCAAGUUUAUACCCUCAGACUGAUGAGGAGAGAUUCACUCUCCCCACACCCUCCACUGUAGCAUCUGUGGAUGAUAAGAUAGAUGAGAUGCUGAAGUCAGAGGAAGAUGAACGAAGAGCUGAAGGAGCCAGAAGGUAUAAACUAGCUGCUCGGUUUAAGGAUUCUGGGCUAGCUGCGUUAAGCAGUCGACCAGCUGACUUCACUUUACGAACAAACUCAUCUCCCAGCAGACAAACACGCCAAGGGCCAAUGUUAGGGUAUGAUGUACUCUCAGAAACAGCAGGGACUUCUGGUGAGGCAGUUUCCAGAGCAGUACCCCAAAACACAGGAGGAGACAUUUUGUUCAAGACUGGAUCUAGUUUAGCAUCUUCCUCACUUCAAAAUAGAACCUCUUUGAAUCCAGGUUUAACAGAUGCUCGACCUAAGAAUUCAUCAUCUCCUUUUAGUGGUACACAGUCCAGUUUGUCAGGAAGUCCUGCACCUCAGUCUGCUGGAUCUGGAUCCACCUUGAAGCGUGCCAGUAGUUUCUCAGGAACGCCUCAGCAGAAGGCUCAAGUUAUGAGUCAGAGGAGUCAAGAAGAUAGCAGCAAGUCCACAGUCAGAGCCAGGGGCAGGUCUUCUAGCUUCAGUACCCAAACAGGAAGGGACAAGCAGGAAGUCUAUACUGCAGAUCUUACAGUAUCCUACAUAAUGUGGAAACAUAUACAAGAAGCCUACAGCUACCGAGUGGAAGACCUAGCUUCUGAUGUCCAGUUAAAAGAGAGCCGCUUAGGUAAUCGUGAGCUGACUGUUACCAUAAGAGGAGCAAACUCAUCCAAAGUGACUUCAUGUCAUCUAGGUUUGCAGAAGCUGUUUGACUCAGUUAGUUCAGACUUCUCUGUGAAGGAGGUGCCCUUGUCUGAACUGGGUGUCACUGACAAAGCAGAUGAAACCUUACAGGCUUGUUGUUCUGAAGUGCGGAGCCGCUUUAAGAAGGUUACUAUCCAGAUAUUACCCAAGAGCUUAUAUCUUCUUGGUCCACAGCAGUUGUGUUCCCAGGUAGGUGCUUCUCUGCGGGAAGUAUUUUCUGGAGACUCGGCUCAAAUACCUGACAAAUACCAAUAUUCCCCAACUUCUUUUGAAAUGAAUGAAGAUAAAAGCACUAGUUUACACUUUAACAGUAACUCUCAGGUGAUUCUAGAGAGCCAACCAGGCAAUGCUGAUGGUACAAGUAGGAGUCGGGAGUGGAGGACAACCUACAGAAGUGACUUUGGUGGGAGGGAGAUUGUGAAUGGAUCUACUGGUCUGGCAAGGCAAGAUCAUGUCAUUAAGGAGAAAGUCAAGCCUAUAGAUCCAAUGGAGAUGGAUGGACAGAAGGCUAAGUCAUUUGUCAGUCAAUCUACACCAGGAAAUGAUAGUGUGAGGGGUGUGAAUGGUGUCGGAUCAACAUUAACCCGUACUGAGAAAGGGACCACCUUACCUGCUACCCAGAUAGGCAGUGUAGGUCAAGAAGAAGCAGAGAUCCAGAACACCCCAGAGGAAUCCAAACCAGGCCAGGAGAGGCUGGGGAACAUCUGUGUUUGUGGAGAGACUGGGAUAUCGGUGCAGAGAACAAAAUGUGGAGCCACCUUUUGCUCAAAGUGCUUGGACACGGUACAUGUCCGCUGCAGAGUUUGUCAUGAGACGGAGCAGAAACCUCGGGGCAUCCGGGGCAAUAUUGUAAAAUCUAAACUAAACAUCAGUUUGCCAGGUUACAACAAGUUCUGUACUAUCAAGAUUACUUACAGCAUUCCUGAUGGUAUCCAAGCGGAUGGGCAUCCAUCUCCUGGAAAACCAUUUAAGGGAGGGCUAUUUGAAGCCUACUUUCCAGACUGUCAGCCGACAAAGAAGCUGCUGCCCAGGCUGGAGAAAGCCUUCAGGCAGGGACUCACCUUCACAGUGACAGGCAAAGGGACAGAUGCAAGGGUGACCUGGGACAGCAUCCCACACAAGACCAGCUUACAGGGAGGCAAAUCAGGGAAUGGGUACCCAGAUUCCACUUACUUGACGCGCUUGUCUGAGGUCUUGACCUCCCUUGGAAUUGAGGAAUCAACAGAAAAGGCCCAUGAUUAAAACAUGCAAAAAUGUAUUUUUUCCUUGUUUUAUAUAUAAAAUAGCAGUAUAUUGGCAAUCCUUGUGUUUACAGCACUGUUUUGCGGUUUUGAUUAGUUUACAAUCAUACUGCUUUGUUAUAGUGAGAUGUUAUCUGAUCAUCCUUUAAUUGUAGUCUCUUUUAAAUAAUGGAGUUAGAGGUGUCACUGAAGACUGAAUUUUAAUUUUGUAACAUCCUUCACCAAUUUUCUUUUAACAAGUUGUUCAAAAGUGAAGGGCCUAUAUUAUUUCACAUGACUAUUUUUUUAAACACCGUUUCAGGUUAUUUUGCAGAACAAAUGAAUAUUAAAGUGUUCAAUAUGCACAGUACUGUAGAGACCAAAAAAUUUGCACUGCACUGUGUGAUUGUAGUCAUCAUUUAGUUUAGGAACAACAGACAGUAAUUUGUAAAAUAUUCUGAAUUUAAUAAAUUAAUUGUCAAAAAUCUGUCUUUGCUUCUGGGCACAGAAAUAAAAAAGCACAUUUUCUGUCUGUUUUUA